UUUUACGGGAUACCAAGGAAAAAUUGACGAUGGGAGGUGGUGAGCAAUUGACUAGUGGAGUAGUAAUCGAAGAAAUAACUGAAGAAGUCGAGGAUGUACCUCCUAAAAGCUCUUUGGAACAAACAGCGGUUCAAAAAAAAUCUGGUGACACCUCUAAGAGUACAAGUAAUGCUAACAAUGGAAAUUCAAAAUCAGAUGCAGACAGUUUAGAUGCAUUGAGAAAGGAUCCUGAAGCUGUCAGGUCAUUCCAAAACUUCAUUCAAAAUACAAAUCCUGCCACGCUGGCUUCUUUGAAUGCUGGACAAUUCAAAGAUGUGUCCCCAGAUAUGAUCAAAACCACCUCUGAUGUAAUUAGUAAGAUGUCACCUGAUGAACUGCAAAAAAUGCUUGACAUGGCUUCUUCAUUUCAAGGGGACAACCAAUUUUUAAGAGGAGGUCCCCCUGAUUCUUUUAACCCAGGAUCAAUGCCUCCCAAUGUGACACCUGACAUGUUUAAAGCAGCAAGUGAUAUGAUAAGUAAAAUGCCAGCUGAUGACCUCAAGAAGAUGUUUGAAAUGGCAUCAUCACUCAAAGGGAAAGAAUCUAUUCCAUCAGCAGCAGCAGUAGAUGAGAUCCAAAGAAAUGUUUAUAAGUCGAACAUCCCAUCAUCAAGUACUAGUGAAACUAGUCAUUUUGGGGAAUCAAGUUCUUCUAAUAAUGUGUUUUCAAAUAUGAGAAACGCUUCUCAGUCAAACUUUCCUUCCUCCAGUCCUGAUCUACAAGAACAGAUGAGAAACCAGAUGAAAGAUCCAGCCAUGCGGCAGAUGUUCACAUCCAUGAUUAAAAAUAUGAGCCCAGAAAUGAUGGCAAACAUGGGUGAACAAUUUGGUGUUAAGCUUUCACCAGAAGAGGCAGCAAAAGCUCAGAAAGCCGUCUCAUCCAUGUCACCAGAGAGCUUGGAUAAAAUGAUGCUUUGGGCAGACAGGAUUCAAAGAGGAGUUGAAUCUGCAAGAAAGACAAAGAACUGGCUGCUAGGGAAGCCUGGAAUGAUCUUUGCAAUAUGCAUGCUCAUUUUGGCUAUCAUUCUUCACCGGUUAGGCUUCAUUGGUGGCUAGAGUAAGGGUAAAACAUUAUGAGAUUCCCUAGGCAUUCAACCAUAAUCUUCUUGUGUGAUGGCAUGAUUGAAUAUAAGCCAAGAGACAAUGGAGAAAGGAUGGGACAGACUAUUGGUUACCUCGAAAGCAGUGCCAAAUUGGCAUCUCAUCAGAUGUGUCCAAAUUGAGAAUGUGACUGACUUUUUUUGUAAUAUAUUAGCUUUUGAGUUGUUUGCCAAUUAGCACUGGGAGGAACCCCACCAUUCAAUAAAUUGGUAACCUUUUAUCAUUUUGGUAUCCUAAUCCUAAUGUAGCGUUUGAUUUGGUAAGAUUAUUUGUAAAAUGUACACAAUUACCUUUUUUGAUGUUUUGCUCACUCAA